AUGGUGAUGCCCGCGGGCACACCGUGGUUCGAUCUGCCCGUCACUCUCGAGAUGGACCGCACGUACAUGUGCAUGUCCAACGAUACCACCGUUUGCUCGACUCAAGAAGGCUACUGGGUGUUCUGGUACGAAGCCGAUCACCGGUACGGUCUGACGACUGUCGCAUUCUUCAUGACGGCCAUCAUCUUGUUUGGUCUCGUCCACCUCGCUUCUGUCUUCACACCGAGGAGCAUUUCGCAAUCGAAUUUUGUCGCUCAGCGCCUGGUUGCACCAUUCCGAUGGCUAUCAUACCGCAGACUACGGAUCAGCUUCUUGGACUGGAACUCGGCGCCUGUCGGUACCCUAUUGCUCGGAGCGGUCGGAACCAUCUUCUUCAUGGCUAUGACACUUGCACCGAUGCCAUACUACUGGCCGAAUUACACCGACCCUGAUGCGACCGAAUAUGGAAGCUCGAUGCCCAUCGCCACACGCGCCGGGUGGUUGGCCACUGGAUGUUUGCCAUUCGUUAUCAUGACCGCUGGAAAGAGCAAUUUGAUCACUCUUGCGACGGGAGUCUCGUACGAUAAGCUUCAGGUGUUCCACCGAUGGAUCUCCUACGCCAUGUUCGUUUUGGCGUUGAUUCACACUUUUCCAUUCAUUGUUUUCAAUCUACGGUUUGGAACUAUGGUCGCGGUUUGGCAGACUUCGAUUUUCUACUGGACGGGUGUGGUAGCUCUUCUGGCGCAGGCAUGGCUUACAUUUGCCUCCCUCUCGCCUUUGAGGACUCUUGCAUACGAGUGGUUCAAGUUCUCCCACUUUGUGGCAGGUCUAAUUUUCACUCUGUUCUUCUUCUUCCACUGUGACUGGAUCUUGACCUCUGCGCAAUUCUUCGUCGCAACUCUUGUCCUCUUCGCGGCGUCAUGGUUGCACCGCCAAGCCCGACUCUAUCUCGAGCACGGCAUCAACCACAAAGCCACCAUCAGCCUUGCUGCGAACGGCUUCAUUCGAGUUGCCGUCCCUACUCAAAUCCGUUGGUCCGUCGGCCAGCACUUCUUCGUCCGUUUCGCCGGUCUCGGACCUCUGCACCUCUUGAGCACUCACCCUUUCAGCGCAUGCUCACUGCCCGUACGCGCAUCUCCCGACGAAUCACCCGAAUCCGAACUCGUCUUCUUCAUCCGACCUCGCGGCGGUCUCACCGCCCGCCUCGCCAAAUACGCCGAAAAGCACCCCGAAGGCCAGAUGCGCGUUCUCCUCGACGGACCUUACUCCGGCAUCAACAUGGACACCUUCGCCUCAAGCGACCGUUCCAUCAUCAUCGCCGGUGGCUCCGGUGCAGGCUGGGCUCUACCCUUCAUCUCGGCUUUCCUCCGCCGUCGCCAACUCCAACCUCUCUCACAACAAAAAUCCUCCUCCCUCCGCGUCAUCCUCGCGACCCGCGACUUGGCCACGCAGUCCUGGUUCGAGCAGACUGUCGCGCAAGAAGUCAACGCCUUCGAGGGCAUCGACUCCCUCACCCCCGAAGACCUCAGCAUCGAAAUCUUCUACACGGGCGACUCCUCCACGCAAGAGAAGAACCCCUCGGAGGGCCAAUUCCUCUCCAAACUCGACGACCCGGAAAAGAUCCCCAUCUCCACCAUCGCUGCCGAUCCCGAGACCAUCUCCUCCUCGGGAUCCUCUACCAACGCCUCCACCAGCAGGCAUGUCCGCCGCGUCUGCUGCCCAUCCCAUAAUCUGCACCGGCCGCUCCUCCCUUCGAUCAUCGUGGAAGAGCACGAGGCACAGCUGGUGGGCAGCUCCACAAGUAUCUACUUGUGCGGACCGCUUAGUAUGCAGAAGGAUGUCGCGAAUGCGGUUGCUGCGCGGCAGGCGCAUGUUGUGCAAGACGGAGGAGUCAAAGCGCUGGAGUUGGAUAUUGAACAUUUCAGCUGGGCGUGA